GGGAGCCGGCGAAUGGCUGCCGAGUGCGGGGUGGUUGGGCGUGCGGGGUAGGCGAGCACGCGCGCGCGCGCGGGCGGCCAAGGUCCCGCGGGAAAUAUCGGAACGCAGAACGCCGACCCGCACGCGCCGCCCGGCGGUCGGCGGCGCGCGCGACGGCGAGGGGGUGGUGUGUGCGCGUGAGUUGUGUGUACGUGUGUGUGUAGCUCGGGUGCGGAGCGCAAGCCAUCAGUCCCCGGUGUGAGUCCCCCGCCGUCUUCCACAACCCUUCCUCAGUCCCCGCACCUUCCCUACGACCCUCCCACGCCCCUACGGUCGCAAACCGAGCGAGAGCCCAGGAAGCAGGUGUGUGGGGUGAGCGGAGUCGCACGAGACAAAAGGGGCGCGGGGGUCAGCCCGCCAUGGCCUCCCGGAGCCUGGGGGGCCUGAGCGGGAGCCGUGGCGGCGGCGGUGGCGGCGGCGGCAAGAAGAGCCUCAGCGCCCGCAAUGCUGCGGUGGAGAGGAGGAACCUGAUCACUGUGUGCAGGUUUUCUGUGAAGACCCUGAUUGAUCGGUCCUGCUUUGAGACAAUUGAUGAUUCUUCUCCUGAAUUUAACAAUUUUGCAGCUAUUUUGGAACAGAUUUUAACUCACCGGCUAAAAGAGAUUUCCCAAAGUUGCAGAUGGCUGGCUCAUCUCCAAAUACCUCUUCAAGGUCAAGUAACCUGGUUUGGUUAUGAAAGUCCUCGUAGCUUCUGGGACUAUAUCAGAGUGGCUUGCCGAAAAGUUUCACAGAAUUGUAUCUGCAGCAUUGAAAAUAUGGAAAAUGUCAGUUCCUCUAGAGCUAAGGGUAGAGCCUGGAUCAGAGUAGCACUCAUGGAAAAACAUUUAUCUGAAUACAUCUCCACAGCUCUGAGAGACUUCAAAACAACCAGGAGAUUUUAUGAAGAUGGAGCAAUUGUCUUGGGUGAAGAAGCAAAUAUGCUUGCUGGCAUGCUACUUGGGCUCAAUGCUAUUGAUUUCAGCUUCUGCCUAAAGGGAGAGGGAUUGGAUGGCAACUUUCCUGCUGUUAUAGACUAUACCCCGUAUUUGAAAUUUACCCAAAGUUCUGAUAGUAUCAGCAGUGAUGAGGAAGAGCUGAGGACGUUGGGAAGCAGUGGUAGUGAAAGCAGCACUCCAGAGAAUGUCGGGCCUCCUUUCAUUAUGGAUGAGAAUAGUUGGUUCAACAAGUGUAAAAGAGUUAAGCAAAAAUAUCAGCUAACACUGGAACAGAAGGGUUAUCUUGAAGAACUCUUACGACUUCGAGAGAACCAGCUGUCUGAAUCUGUCUCCCAGAAUAAAAUACUGCUACAAAGGAUUGAAGACUCUGAUCUAGCCCAUAAAUUGGAAAAGGAACAAUUAGAAUAUAUCAUUGUGGAGCUUCAAGAUCAGUUGACUGUGCUAAAGAAUAAUGAUUUAAGAUCAAGACAAGAGUUAACUGCCCACCUCACCAACCAGUGGCCUUCCCCAGGAGCUCUGGAUGUCCAUGCUGUUGCCUUGGAUACGUUGCUUUACCGAAAACACAAUAAACAGUGGUAUGAAAAGAGUUAUCAAAGUCUUGACCAGCUAUCAGCUGAAGUUAGCCUUUCUCAGAGUUCCCUGGAUCCAGGUCAGUCACAAGAAGGAGAUGGAAAACAAGACACAUUAAAUUCAAUCAGUGAAGGUAAAGAAGAUACUCCCUCAUUACUUGGUCUAUGUGGGUCUCUAACAUCAGUGGCAAGUUAUAAAUCUCUAACAAGCCUAAAAUCUAAUGACUACCUUGCAAGUCCUACAACAGAGAUGACAAGUCCAGGCCUAACUCCGUCCUGAAAAAUUUUAUGGAAAAGCCAAAAGAUUUUGUUGCAAAUGUUCUAUUUACAUAAGUUUGACUGAUGGGAAAAACCUUUGGAAUUUUAUAUUGUUCUGGCAUGUCUGGAAUUCUGUUACUCAUGUUAGCCUUCAGUCCACUCCAUGUAAACUUCUGAGUGGAAAAAAAAUGUUCCUGGUAUUUUUCAUUUUAAAAUUCUUAUAUUUGUCACUGAGGAAGUUUAAAAUGAAUAGGAUUAAAAAAACUUUCAGAGAUCCUCUAACUUAAUAAUCCAUUGCAAAUUGUACAUAUUUAUUAUUCAGCAGGUUUUCAUAUAUUUAAAUAUGUCAUCAUUGCCAGAGACUGAGUUCAAGGUUUAUUCCAAAGACAAGCUAAGUAUUUUCUUUCACUCUUUUAUGCAAUGAUUAAAAUUUCUAAAAAUGACCAAUUUCAUUUUCAUUAAUUUCUUCCUAGGUCCUAAUGUUUAAAAGCCUUGUUUUUAAUAUGAGAAUAUUCUCAGCUGAAGUUUCACAGUGACUUAACUCAAUUUUU